CGCCGAAUCCAGUCCCUCUCAUCUCCUCUGCCUCUGGAAGUCUGGUUGCCCGUUCUAAUUUCGCGUCCUCUCAUCUCCUCUGGAGUCUGGUUCAUAGGCCAUAGCUUCGAGUCUUCGACGAGAUUUAUUUUUGGGGAAAUUUAGGAUCUACAAUGAAUUUGAGGGGGAAAUUAUGGCAGACUAUUAUUCGAGAAUCCAGUGGCUGCAUUACAAACUCGCGAUUGUACAGUUCAAAAGUUGAUUUUAAGAAGCUGAGGCCAAUGAUACUUAAGAGAAUAGAGGAAAGAAAGAAGCAGUAUCCAGUUACAAAUAUGGUUCCUGUAGCACAGGAGGUUCUUAAGGCUAGAAAGCAGCUCAUUCUUGGUGUCUCAACCCUUAUCAAAAUGAUUCCUGUCAAGGCCUGCAAGUUCUGUCCAGAAGUAUAUAUUGGUGAGAAAGGCCAUUUAAUUCAGACUUGCUAUGGUUACAAGCGCCUUGGCAGAAAUCGUGUUCAUGAAUGGAUUAAUGGUGGUGUGAAUGACAUUCUUGUACCAGUAGAGUCAUUUCACCUGCAGAACAUGUUCCAAGAUGUCAUUAAGCACAAUGAAAGAUUUGAUUUGGACCGAGUUCCUGCCAUUGUGGAGCUAUGCUGGCAGGCAGGAGCUGAUCCCUAUAAUGAAAAUUUUUGCUCAAGCAGUGGGAACUCAUACAAUGAUUUAUGUAAUGUUGAUGGAGCUGAGUCUUUGUCAUCUGAUGAUCUAUGUUUCAUAGCUACUGGAACUCUGAGGGCAUGGGAGACUCUUAGAGCUGGAGUUCGGAAAUUGUUAUUGGUUCAUCCUGCUAAAGUUUGUGAGCAUUGUUCAGAGGUCCAUGUUGGGCCAUCAGGGCACAAGGCUAGGCUUUGUGGAGUAUUUAAAUACGAAACUUGGCGUGGAUCCCACUUUUGGAAGAAAGCAGAUGUGGAUGAUUUGGUACCUCCUAAGAUUGUAUGGCGGAGAAGGCCGCAGGAUCCUCCUGUACUUUUAAACGAAGGGCGGAACUUUUAUGGGCAUGCGCCAGCAGUGAUAGACCUGUGUACACAAGCCGGUUCUGUUGCGCCAACAAAGUAUUUCUGUAUGAUGAAAGUAAACGGUUCAUCGGCCCCAGAUAUGUAGAGGCAUGAAGCUCAUGGCAGAAAUUUCACUAUGUCUUCCACAAUUUCUCAAUGACAGGUUCUUAAAUUCUUUUCAUGCCGGCAGAUAAUGUGCUAGCAAAGAUAACAGGUAGUAGUGAUAUUCAUGUUGAUUUAAGAUCAGAUGGUCCAACUAUCGAACUCUUGAUGUGUUGAUAAUAUCAUACAAUGUCUAUCAUGCGCCCUUUUUGCAGCCCGAGUGUGCUGGGAAGAUGAUGAAAUCAAAGAUGCGUGCCAUCGUUGUGGUAUGACUCUAUGAGUUGAAAUGCUGAACCAUGGGGUGAGAAUGACAGGGACUGAGGAUUUUAGAUCAGAAGCAUCUCUGGGGUUUUCUGGCCUUUUGUCCUUUUGGUUUCAUGUUGUAUCUAUUUGUUGAAUGAGCCAUCCAUUUUGUUUUCACUUCUUUCUUACUUCUUAUAGGUGGAAUUUGAAAGUUGGAACAACUCUCUGCUCUCUAGUUUUGCAAGUUUACAUAUGCAAUUCUUUUGAUUCAAAUUAUAGAGAGAACGUCUGCAUCUAAGUGAGAUAAAAUUAAAAGAUUUGGGUGAGUAUUCACUAUUGAAA